GGUGGUAGGAUAAUAUCGCGUUCGACCUCUGACCUGUUUCCUCUCUUCCAAGACUCCUCAAAAAUAAACUGUCUUAGAGCAAAUGACGACGCCUCGUGCCGCGUACAUGGUAAAGGCCUGUUCUACAAUACAAUCCGCAAGCUAACGGACCUAAAACGCUCGUUCGCUUGCGCAAACGAAAUCGAAUAAAUCGAGAAACGACGCGCUGCGUACUCAAACUAGCGAUAUAAGUGUGUAUUAUUUACCGUAUAAGAGUGACAAGCGUAGUCGUCGACGAGAGUCGAAACGUGUUACUUUCCCUAAGUCGUAAAUUCGCGAUUAGUAACAAUCGAUUUUCGUCUCGGGAGGGGAAGUUGUAAUUUGUUUACUUGUGUUGCGCGAAAUUUGUGAAAAAAGAGUGUGAAAAAAAAAAAAAAAAAAAAGAAAGUGCGUCUAGAAUGGCAAUCGCUCAGUUCACCAAACGACAAUGGCUCACCUUGAUUGUCAUCAGUAUCGCCGACUUCGCCAAUGCCAUUUGCGUUUCGUUGCAAGCUCCGUUUUAUCCUCAAGAGGCCGAGAAAAAAGGUGCAUCACCGUCGGAAUACGGUUUGGUCUUCGGGAUAUUCGAACUAGUGGUGUUCAUUAUUAGCCCGGUGUACGGGCAACACCUCAAUCGAAUAGGCCCGAAGCUUUUAUUCCACGGGGGUAUCCUGACCACAGGAACCUGCGCUAUAUUCUUCGGCUUAUUGGACAAAGUUAAUGGUCAUUAUCCGUUCAUUAUUCUGUCGUUUGUAAUCAGAAUAAUAGAGGCAAUGGGAAAUGCUGCAUUUCUAACAGCUAGCUUCGCGAUUAUCGCCAAAGAAUUUCCGAAUAAUGUUGCCACGACAUUUGCCAGUCUGGAGACUUUUUUCGGAUUGGGCCUAAUCGCGGGCCCCACCGUGGGAGGUGCCCUUUAUCAGAUUGGAGGAUACACCACUCCAUUCGUGGUCCUUGGUUCGGCGUUGUUCUUGGCAGCUGUCAGUACUGCAUUCAUUCUGCCCGUGCACGACGACAAUGAUCAGGAUGCUGAUAAUGGUGGAGGAGUAACGAAAGUUCUGAAAAUUCCGGGAGUGAUGGUUGCCUCGAUGUCGAUAAUAGCGACGAGCAUGAGCAUUGGAUUUUUGCAAGCAACUUUGGAACCACAUCUCAGACAAUUCAAUUUGAGCCCCGUCGUUUUGGGAUUGAUGUUCGUCAUUAACGGAGGCACUUACGCGAUCACAGCUCCAGCCUGGGGCUGGCUGUGCGAUAAAUACUGGCAUCCGAAGAUAGCAACUGUCUCCGGUUGCGUUCUUGUGAUGGUCGGUUUCUCUUUGGUCGGUCCGGCGCCGUUCAUUCCGUCACCCACCAUCAUCUGGAUGACCAUACUCGGCCUUGUGAUCCACGGCUUGGGCAUGGCUGCACAACUGGUUGCGAGUUUCACGGAUGCGCUGCGAUCGAGCAUAUCGUACGGAUUUCCAAACAAUCUUGAGACCCUUGGUCUCAUCAGCGGUUUGUGGACGAGCACCUUCGCCCUCGGAGCUUUCAUCGGUCCCAGCGUUGCGGGAAUUUUACUGGACAAUAUCGGUUUCAGAAACGCCUCCAUGUUCAUCGUCUUACUUCACAUGCUUGUAGGAGUUAUAGCCGCGGUGUUUCUGAGCAGUUGCUCGCACACGCCUAAACCGUACACGGAUGUCGGCACGAUCGACGACAGAGCACCGUUGACCGGUAGCGGGCGAUCGAUGAGCAACAGUCUGCAGCAGACGGGACGUGGCCAGGGUGUACCGAUCGACAGGCCGAAUGCGAUGAACUCGUUGAUCUCUUGCAACAGUUAUUCAAAUAGAGCCGGAGCGUGGUCCAGGGCGUCGUACAGCGGCCGCUAUUCGCACAGUUACGGUUCCAUCGAGAACAAACGAUAUCUGGAACUCACCACGUGAUAAUCAACUGGUAAUCAGCCUCGCGUCGACGAGAGAAACAACAGGAUUAAACACCGGCGCAAGAUGUUGCUCUUUCUUUCAUUUUCCCCCCUCCCCCCCCCCUCCGCAGAAUACGCAGCAGCGAAAUGUCUCGUUAUUGGUCGCUUUGUCGCUUUCACGACGAACUAAUGAUGAUUCGAAAUUUUAGAGAGCAGCGUUUCUAGCAAUUUAGAUUACAGUAGUUGUGAUAAAAUAUGUGUAAACAAUUUACCCCGUAAAUGUUUUUUUACAGAAUCGAGAGUGGUAAAAAAAGACGAGCCCCGGACAAUUGUCGAAGUUCAAUUUUCAAAUUUCGCGUAUCGAUACUCAUUAACUAGGAGUAAUUUUUGUUUUAUUUACAUUAACACACAGCUCUUUAUGUGACAUAUAUAUAUAUAUAUACUAAUGUCUCCCCAAAGACACAUGCAUAUAUUACAUACAAUUUAAUGUGAAUCAAUUGAUAUAUUUAAGAUAUCACAAUUGUGCAAAUUCUCGUCGUAAACAGUGAGGAGCGUAAAUAUAAAUUAAAAGAGGUCAAUUAUUAGAUCUAUUUAAUUAAAAAUUACAUAAUAUAGUUCCAAAAACACAAAUUCGCAUUGUUCUCGCGAAUAAUCUCUUUUUAUUUAUAAGAUGUGUUUUUAUUUUUAGAAUAAAUUUUACGAUCGUGAAAAAACAAUUUAAAGAAUGUUUUAUUAUAAUAAGUGCAAUUUAAUUAAUACAAAAAACAAGAUAAAUGUGUCUAUAUCCUCGAAAGUGUAUAAUUUUUCAAUGCAGUACGCGAUUAAUACUCGAUGUUUCUUACGGUGUUCAAAAAUAUAAUACGAACAUUGUUUCAUGAAUAAAAAAAAACCAGUUGCGCAUUUAGAUGUUGAAUAGGUAAUUUAAACACGUGAUGCAGAAGGAGGAAGGGCGAAACAAUGGUGCAUAAAACGGUACAACCAGUAUUCGCAGAGUGAAGAGUUAUCGCCAAUCGCGCUCUUAUCGCGGUUUACUUAACGAGCUUUUGCCACGUCGUUUUUUUCGUUUUGCCGAGAGUGAUUCGACUUCGAUCUAUCUUUCCUCCGCCUCCCGAGAGAGAUCACAACUGCCGCUGAUGCGAUAAUGACGUUCGGAAAAGUGCGCGCGGGAGGAAGUUCGAAUCGCGUAUCACGUGCGCGCGAGAUUCUGCAGCAGCUGUAAUCUUAUUAGCGCGAUAUAUUCGUCAGACUCUUACUCUCGUACCUUUUACUUUUAGCGCAAACCGUGCGAACACGUCUGACAAUCGUUAAAAAAAACAAAAAAACAAAAAAAAACAACAGUUCUUCAAAUUGUAAUCAGCGUAAUGAUAACAAAUCGUAUCUAAGAGUAAAAAAGUAAUAACCAA